AUCCGUAAUUUCACGAGGUUUGCGUUUCUCCCUUUACGUAACUCCGUAACUCUCGGAGACAGUUGACAAAGAAACCGUCUUGGUGAGAGCAUAACGGUGAACGAUGACUGCAUGCAUUGUCUUGAUGGUGUUCGGCUUGAUGGUGUUGGUCAGGGCUCCUGCUCCGCCUGGCUAUGUGUUCGACAUUUCUCCUGAAUGUGGAACUGAUGGUGUCUCUGAUGGUUUCGUCACUAUAAUGACCGACACCGGGAUGGAAGCAAAGGCAAUCUGUGCGGGAGGAAAGGAGGUUAUCUUCAGCACCGAGGAUUUUGUCUUCUUUGGGCUGCCAAUAUCGUAUCCGGGCAAGGGGUCGUCGCCUUGCGUGUUUGCGAAAAAGCCAAAGGCCAAGGUGUUCACGGUGGAGAUCCAUGUCUCAUUUGGGGAAGCAGGCCAGCGUCUCCACUCCCCGGAAGAUGAGUUUAAACUGUCGUGUUCCUUCCAGCCUGAGGGGGAGAAGGGAAGUGAACCUCUCCAAAUCGCCCCACCAGUUAGCGCUCCGGUGGUGCUUCAAGGCAAUAAACCGCCUAAAAGCAAGUCACACAUCAAAGUGGUCAUGGUAGACGUGCUAGGCAGAUCCCUCUCAGGGGUUCCCAUCGCUGCGGGCAAGACGGUGAGGCUCAAAGCCAUGAGUUUGACUGCUGGCGACAAAGGAAUCCAGCCAGUAUCUUGUAACGCCGUUGAUUCCAAAGGAAACAAAUUGUCGAUGCUACGAGAUGGAUGCGGCGAUGGAAUGGUUAUCCCCAAGAACAAAGGGUUUAAAACCAAGGGAACGGCGUCCCUCAGCCAUUUCUUUCGCCUCUUUACCAUCAACGGUGAUCCAGGACUUCGAUUUGAGUGCAAAGUUUUAGUUUGUUCAACAGAAUGCGACGGGUUUACGUGUGCCAAGGAAAGUUCAGGCCGAAAACGGAGAGGAUUUGCAGUAUUGACAAGACUGAAAAAGUCGCCGGUGAUGCAGUGGAUGCGGGGGACUCUGGGCGUGUCGGAGGCUUACAAGCUGACCCACAGCGUCUUCGGGGAGUCCCAGAGUAGGCGAUGAUCGACGCCACCUGAUUUUAAAGUUUUUAUCUGGUGGUUGUCUUAAUAAAGAAACACAUCGA